GAACAUGUGGAAGUAUUGUUGAGUAUAACACUUGUGGAAAUAGUAGACUACCUGGUUCAUUAAUUGAUAAAAUUGAUUUUAUUGAUGGAGGAUUUAUUCCUCUCGAUAAAAGAUUUUAUGUAUAUAAUUUGUUACAACAAGAGAAAAAUUCAACUUAUCAACUUUCAAAUCAAAUAACUUUAACAAAAUUAGUGUCACCCUUUAAGAUUGAUCUUUAUCUUGUUAGAGUAUGUGAUCUUGAAAUAGCAAAAAAAAACAAUUUAACAAUAGAAGAUGUUUUAAAACAACCUAAAGAUAUAAAAAAUCAUCA